CUUUUGAAAAAAAAUGAAAAUCCCUCAUUUUGUAAAAAAAAAUCUCUUUUCAUUGUUUACUCGGUUUGUGCUGGGCCGACUUGUAUCUGGUUUAGUAAAAAAGAAGUCAAGCUGAGCUUGAAUCAACGUUAAAAACUGGUUUAAGUCCCUCUUGUGGUCAUUGUGAUGAAGUUUUGUUUGAGAGAGAAGUCACUUUUUUUUUCCAUCACUCCGGUUACUUGUUUCUCUUGUGAGAUCUGGCAGCAUUGUUGACCGUGUGUCCACACACGCACACGCGCACACACACACCACAACAACUAUAAAUGUCAUGCCAACGUCAUCAUCUCACUCAGUGUUUGUUUGAUUGAUGACUUUCUACAAGGUGUGAAGAGCUGCUCAGCAGAAUCAUGAACCUUUCAACCGCAGGCAGGAACUUCACGACAUCUGUCGCCCGGGACACUUUACAGACGGCCAUCAUCAAGAAUGUGAUCACUGUGGUUCUCUGUAUCUCCAUCAACUAUGUCAACAGCACCCUGGUGCACACCUUCACAAAACACCAGGUUUUUAACAUGAACUCUCGCUACAUCCUCUACAUCCACCUGGUGAUCAACGACAUCAUCCUCCUGACCAUGUUCACCCUCCUCCAAGUCCUCAGUUACAUCGUGUUCACGCUCAACGUCUCCUUCUGUAUAUUUAUCCUGAUUGUUGCCGUUUAUGCGACCAUCAACAAUCCUCUAACGCUCGCCGUCAUGGCCGUAGAGUGCUACGUUGCCAUAUGCUUCCCGCUCCGACACACGCAGAUCUGCACGGUGAAGAAAACGUACGCGGUGAUCGGAGUGAUUUGGAUGCUGAGUUCAUUUUAUGUGCUGCCAGAUUUAUUUAUCGCCUUGGCCACAGAGUCCAUGGAAUUCUUCCACUCCAGAGUUUUCUGCCUCACAGAUAACGUUUUUAAACAUCCCGGUCGCAAAGAGAGGAGGCAAAUAUUCAACCUAGUGCUGAUGGUCGGUGUUUGGCUCACUCUGAUCUACACAUACUUCAGGAUCCUCAUCACCGCACAAGCAGCUGCUACAGACGCCAAGAAGGCGAGGAACACCGUGCUCCUCCACUGCUUCCAGCUGCUGCUGUGUAUGCUCACCUAUGUUCAUUAUUCCAUCAUUGAAGGCCUGUUAUUCUUGUUCCCAAAGGGGAUUCUGGCCAUUCGCUUCACCGUCUCCAUAUUCAUCCACGUUCUCCCUCGACUCAUCAGUCCGGUGGUUUACGGGCUACGAGACAAGACUUUCAGAAAGUACCUGAAAAACUAUCUGUUCUGUACGACGAGUUCUGACAUUCAACCACAAAAGAAAUCUUAAUCUUUAUCAUGUCCUGCAUUUCAAAACAGAGAAAUCAAAUAAAUACAUGCUGAGGCAUGCUGUUUGUUAUGUGUACUUUGUAGUAUAACUUGUUUUUGAAGUAAAACUUGUUCUUUUGAUCUCUGAUUAAACAGAGGAAGAUGUUAAUUUUGGUCAUUAGUAUUAUUAUUAUUAUUAUUGUUAUUAUUAUUAUAAUCAUUGUUGUUGCAAUUUUUCCCGUCAUGGGACUAAAAAAUCUUUUAUUUCCUUUCAAAAAGUUUGCUUUUCAUCACAAAUCACUGGAUGUUUUGGGACUUUUAACAUCAGACUUUUUCGCCCGGGCAACAACAUGAGUGACCCGCACAUGAUGCAACAAAUGAGGCCCAGGAACAUUAAAUCAUACCUGGGCCAACUUUAGCAAAACAUACGGCAUGUUAGGCACUGGUGAGCCAUGUGGCCCACAUACACAUUAACCAGUGUUUAAUGUGCCAUAGCUUUGCCAAAACACAGGCUUUCCAGAUUAACCAAUUAUAAAAAUGAGGCACAGCAAAAAUAUGACACAAUAGGCACUGGUUUCUGUGGAUGUGGGCCAAAAGUGGCCUGGCUAUCUUUAAACAUAUCUCAGACUGUUCUGUUUUUCUGUUGCGAUGCAGUGGCCAAUAACAAAUAUUUUGC